UCACAUUCAAUAUAACGAUAAUGUAGGCGUGUAUUAUGCACCAUCGGGUGUAUCAGUGCUCCGUUCGGAACCGCGUCCGCAGGAGGGCGCGUGCGCGUAACAUGGGCGGAGUUUCUAAUGCCGCCCUCGUGCACCCCUCAACGGAAAUCCAAUCUUAUUACUUUCACAAUAAAACAAAAUGUAGAUUGUAACAUUGUUAAAUGGAGAAGUGUGGGCGUACGACCGCCUUCAGUCCGGCGCGUAGUCCAUAGAGCGUGGCGAGUGAUGGCCGCGCGCGGCGACGCGUGCUCUCGCCAGUAAUGGUGAUGGAGCGGCUGGCGGACUUCGUCAGCAAAUCUUUGGAAGGCGGCGAGGCACCGGCGCCGCCGCCGGAGCCCGGAGAGCCGGACGACGUGGAUGAUGUGGAAGUGGACAUCACAGCGCUCGAGGACAAGGCGCCGCCGGCCAAGAAGCCGCGUAACUGGCUGGUCUCGCCGGUGCCAGUGCAGCACUGCAAAAGGGAAUCUGCUAUGGAUGACGACGACGACAGCAAGCACGAUCCCACGGACAAAUCACUCAAUGGCGUUGGGAAUAAUAGCAGCGGCAAGCAAAGGCGAUCUCGGACGAACUUCACGUUGGAGCAACUUGGGGAACUGGAGCGGUUGUUCGACGAGACACAUUACCCUGACGCGUUCAUGAGAGAAGAACUCAGCCAGCGGCUUGGCCUCAGCGAGGCGAGAGUUCAGGUGUGGUUUCAAAAUCGACGAGCAAAAUGCCGCAAACACGAAAGUCAGAUGCAUAAAGGGCUUCUGGUUGGUGGCGGCGGCACACCUUUGGAGCCUUGCCGCGUGGCGCCGUACGUGUCGGUGCCUCGCCUGUCAGCCGUACCUCGCGCCCCUCCGCCGCCGCCGCCAUUACCACCACUAGCGCCGCAUCCACCGCCACCAGCAGCAUUCGCGCCAUUCGACUCGGCUUUGCUAUCCGCUGCUGCACAUCAAUACGCAAGUGCGGCCGCGGCAGCUGCAGCGGCACUGUGCCCGCCAUACGCUGGGCUGGCGGCGCUCGCAGCCCGGUGUCGUUCCUCAUCCAUCGCUGACCUCCGCCUGAAGGCGCGCCGGCACGCUGCGGCGCUGGCUGCAGCCCGGGCGCCCUCGCCGCCGCCGCCGCCACCGCCGCAACCGGCCUCCGCUUCUGCUGACACAUAGCCGACCAACGUGUGACGUAACGAUCGUUUGUAGCAUAUAAAACAUGUAAAUUUAAUAAUUUCUAUAAACCAGGAGACAACUUUCUUUACGUAUUCGAAUUGUUAUAAACUUAGAUGCAAACAUGAUGUCCUCGCCGUCGCAGCCGUCGUCAUAACCAGGGGGAAAGAGAUUGUAGAAUGGGAUCUAAAAGCCCCAUUGCUAUCAAUGUACCCUAUCAGGUCGACUUUCACGCGAUUCUCACACGCAGAUCUAGAAACUACAUUGGUUUCAAUGAAGAUUUCUCACUUAUCAUCCUUUACUUGUGCCUCGUCAGUGGAUACCGAUAACGCAGGGGGGUUACCAUUCCAUAUCUUAACAUUCCAUACCACGCAUUAAAAAACCGUCACAACCAAUGCCCACUUCUAAUGACACAAAGACGAUCGACAGGUAACAUAACGAAGAUCCGUAUUAUUUCAAUUGUAUAAUUUUGAUCGACAAUGAGACGUUAAAGAAGAGAUACAGUUUUCAUUGCGAACAUUAUGUUCUCGCCAUUACAGCCACCGCCUCCACCGAUAUCCACUUCCUCCCACAUAGCAGAAAAAAGAGUGACCCAACGAUGACUGUUUACAGAAAGUAAAAUAUUCUAAUUUAUACUGUAAUAUCAGAAAAUAGUACAGAGGAAAGAUUUGUAUUUUAGUAUGUUUGAGUGAUACACUCUAAAAUUACUUAGCCGAUUUUAAAAUGCUUUUUUUUUUGCUCAUAGAAAGCUACAUUAUUAGCUAGUAAUAUAGGGUAUGUAUUAUUUUGAAAAAAAAUUUCCUCCACGAAAAUUCCAAUUAUGUAAUCUAAAGAAUCAAAAAUUUGCGAGCGAAACGAAACGGAUUGUUAGUUUAAUAAUAUAGAUAAAAAACAAAUUUCUUGUUUAUUUGAACUGUAGCAAUGUUAUUAGUGGACAGAACACCUUUUCUACCACAGAACAAGUAAUCACUACGUUACAUCAAUACAUUAGCCGCCAUUUCGCACAAGGAUAUAAAAUAUCCUUUUAGUAAUUUCCGUAGACAAGGAGAAAUAUUUUUUUAUACAUUCAUAGUGUUGCAAAUUAGUUUGUUGCAAUCACCCUCGUAUUCAACACCACUACGACGGAUGUCCGUAAUGCGACAGCGAGAAAUAGUCAUGUUUAUUUCUAGAAUUAUAAUAUUGCAAUUUAAUAAUUUCUAUAAACAAAAACAAAAAUUUAUACCUUUAAAGUGCCAUUGCAAGGUAAGUUUUCCCAAUCUCUGUUGUAAUAUAAAUUGUAGACAUAAUAAUGACAUUUCAAAGUAAAUUCACUGCAAAGUAAUCCGCUUAAGAGAUUGAAUUUUUAAUAAAUAAAUUUUUAAUUGAAAACGUAUCAUCGUCAGCAAUUCCAAUAGACUUAAUCAGUGUUAUAUAUUCUUAAAAAAAAAAAAGCUGUUAAUAAUUAGAAAUAUACGUAAUAAAUGAAACGAAUCACUAAAUUAUUAUUUUUUAGACUUCAAUUUCCUUUUUAAAAAUGUCUGAUUCUUUAAAUUUUUUUUUUUAAUAAUUGUUGUCGUGAGUCACACUAUAUACUAGUUGGACAAUUCCGAAGUUAAUACGUGAGCAAAGAUAGAAGUAAUUAAAAUAACUUUAAAAUAAAUCUUAAUGACGCCAAAUUCACAUUGCUCUAUCAAUUGUUUUACUAUAAUUCACUGGUUAGUUUUUAUUUUCUUUUUUCUAAUUAAAGCUAGUUAUGAAGAAUAUAGUCACGCUACCUGGAAUGAUCAUAAGAGAUGGUUAUUUUCUGCACAAUGAGGUCCUAUUUAAAACUUCAAAUUUCCACUAAAUGAAUUUAACUAUUUUAGUUUUCUCUCUCGCGGACUCAAACAAAUAGACCAACCUUUUAUGAUUUUAAAGUUUUUGAAUUAUUCAUUUACAAUGUUUCAAACUGCCAGCUAUUAUACAUUAUAAUAUCAGUGAUUUAAUUUUGCACAAUUUAUAUAAUAGUUAAAUAUAAAUAAUGUAUACGUGUUUGUGCAAGUUAAUACAUCGCCUUCGCUUUGAAUUACAUAUGUAUAAAACGUGCGACGAAAGUGGAAUUAAUCUGACCAAAUGAACUGUGAAGUAAAUGUAAAUUAAUAAACUGUGAUAAGUGUAUGAUUAUUGGAAAUGUCGAUCUCAUUAGUUGUUUAAAUGGAAUUAAGCUUAACGAUAUAAAUUGAAUUAUCGCUAUUAUUACAUAUUUAAUAAGAAGUUUCGAUUACAAAUUAUUGUAAAUAUUAAUUUAUUCGAUUAGUGAGUCGUGUUUAUUAGUCAUAUGGAUUUAAUGAUUUGUUCAUAGCUAAGUAAUUAUUAAUAAAUAAAUAGAGGGAAUAAGAAUUUUGUUUUUUUUUUUAAAUAGAUAUAACAAUAGUUGUCUUAUAUUAAAUUACAAGUUUUG